GCUGAUUGGCUGAUUUGCUCAUCUGCCACCCAGAUGUUUGCAAUCUUGUCAACACCUGUAGAACGUGUUGUAGUUUUUAGUUGUUACUCUCAAACAUUCUUUGACGGUCUCGAGUAAUAACCGUGAAACCAUCAUUUUAAAACAAGAAAUGGAUGCUUCAAUACGCAAACGGGCCAAUGAAGGCAAGAAAAAGAUGCAUGAUAUGCUGGAUAGCAUGAGCGAGUCUGAAGAAAACGAGUCGCUUUCGAAAACCAUUCUGAAGUUAGCAACUUGCAGUGCAGCUGGACUAUUGUUCGGAAUAGCAAUAGAGAAAGGAAGAGUGUUUGAGCCACUUGUUAUUCAAGACCAGAUGACAAUGGACAGAUUUAUCAUGGUGAAAAUGUUUCUGUCAGCAGUUAGUUCAGGCAUGUUCAGUUUUUCUGUACUUUCAAUGAUUCCUGCAACCCAGAAAAAGUUUCAGCAGGCAAGUCAAGUCUUCAUCAGCGGUUUCUCAGAUAAAGGAUUGUUCAGCGUUGGAAUCGGUGCGGCCAUUCUAGGAGCAGGGAUGACCAUCAGUGGAUCUUGUCCAGGAAUGGUUCUUGUACAAGUUGGUGCCCAAGUUCCUAAUUCAUUGUAUACGUUUAGUGGGGCCCUAGCAGGAGCACUGUUGUAUGGAUUUAUUGAACCAACUGUAGUACGUCUCACAAGACCACAAUACCCACUCAGGACCCAUUACCUUCAUAAGUACUUGGGGUCUCCAUUUUCUGUUGUUGCACUCCCGUUUGGGGCUGUCAUGGCUGUGAUCGUGUUUGGAUUAGAGUUGUUUGCCCCUUGGAAAUCAGAACUGCCAAAAAGUGUGGUAGAGUCUGGGGGUAUGGCUCUAACAAGAAUUGCAUGGCCGCCGUUUGUAGCAGGAGGUAUUAUUGGUUGUCUACAGAUUCCUGUGCUGUUGGCAGUUGGUGAUACUCUUGGCAGCAGUAGUAGCUACUGCACUGUAGCAUCACAAAUUUUGGUCUCAUCACCUCUUCAGAAGAUGUCACCGUAUCUCAGCAAGUUCAAGUCGGGCAUUUCAAACUGGUGGCAGGUGCUUUACAUUGGAGGAGCUAUAGCAGGUGCCUGUUUCUCUGCUACUGCAUCUGGGACCAUCGGUCAGGCCGCCGGCCUCUCUCGCACAGCGGCAUUCUCCGGGGGGGUGCUCAUGGUGCUCGGUUCAAGGCUAGCUGCUGGUUGUACAAGUGGUCACGGUUUGUCAGGAAUGGGUCUUCUGUCGUUUCUGUCCAUGCUUGCCAUACCUGCAAUGUUCAUGGGUGGUAUGGCCACAGCUGCUGUUGUGAAGAUAUUCUAAUGUUUGUGUGUUUAAAAUUAACAUUAUGACAAUAACAGAGAGAUGAUUGCAAAGAACACUCUUGUAACAUAUCAUUAAGACAUCAGUAGUCUAAUACCAUUAUCAUUACCUGUUAUCUUGUGAGCAAAGUAUAUCUCAAGGUCAUGGCAUAAUUUUUGCCAGUAACAGCUAAUUACCAUUAUCUCAAGCUAUUUGUUUCGAUCCAUUCAAUAUGGAACAGUGUUCAAGCUUAAGAAAAUGUUUUACUUGCCCUUCAGGUAAGUGUUGACAGCAUUUUCACUUGCCCUUGGGGCAUUUUCGCUUGCCCGACUUAAAGUUUUUCAAAUUGUAAAGUACUGUAUAAUACUUUAUUUUCGCGUGGAAUUUAUUUUCGCGUUUUUCGCGCGUGAAUGAAAUCCGUGAAAAUAUAUUCCAUGCGAAAAUAAACUUUUUAUAAAGGCUGACAAAAAAUAAAAUAAAAUGUAGUCUCGUUCAACUAUACCGCAUUAGUUUCCGAUGUAGUAACAAAGCGAUGCUCCCUCCUGUCACGGAACAAACCACAAAACACAAAAGCUGUUUAAAACUAUAAUCAAGAACAUGAUUGUAAGUACAUACAUGAUAAUAAAACAAUACUAACACUAAAAA